UUCAGUGGCACCCGAACUUAGCUUUUCCCUACUUGUUUAUCAUUGUUUUAAUAUAUAAUAUCAUUUCAGACCGCUCGCAUACAAGACGAAUAUGCGUAAACUCAUCGAUUUAUUAUAUGGACGUGGCGCUGCAAAAUUUGAGUCCAGUGAAUCGUUUCAGCUUUUAUUUAAAAGUUGGACAUUUUUUGGAUUUACAACAAUGCAACCGUAUCGCUUGGGUCAUUUGCUGCAUAUGUGCCUCUGCUGGUAUUGCCUUGCCCUAUGUCCGGUUGCCUUCUAUAUGGGUUACAUACAGACAUUACGAACAGCACCCAUAUCGAUACAACUUAACCUUUUGCAAGCAACCGUCAAUGUUGUGGGUCUGCAACUCAAGUGCAUUGUCAUUUUAAUAUUAAAAACACAUUUGCGUAGUGCCACACCGAUAUUUGCGCAUUUGGAUGAACGCUGCCAUAGCGCCGAGAGUCGUGAAGAGAUCAAAAACUGUGUUGUCUAUUGCACACGUCUAUUUGCCAUCGUUGGAUUUAUGUAUCAUUUUUAUGCCACCCUCUUAUAUCUCCAAGCGCUUGUCCUUCAUACUUACCCACUUAACACAUGGUUGCCAUUUACCGAUUAUAUUCAUCAUCCGACCAUAAAAUAUUUUUUGCAUUUUAUUAUCGAAGUUUUUCACAUAUCUUUCCAACUGUCGCUGCAAGCCACGAAUGAUGUAUUCCCGCCGAUUUAUAUACGAAAUUUACGCACGCACUUAAAUCUUUUGACGAAACGUGUGAGUCGAUUAGGUAAGAAUACGGAGUUUACUGAUGAACAAAAUUACGACGAAUUGGUGGAUUGUAUCGUUACACAUCAGGAAUUGUUGGAGGCGAAAAAUAUCGUUGCAUCCGUUUGUUCGAUAACAGUAUUUAUACAAUUCAUUGUUGUUGCUAUAGCCAAUUGCAUUUCUUUGCUUAAUUUUUUCGUCUUUGCCGACCGACUCGAACAGCUGUCCACUUUUUCCUAUUAUAUUAGCGUGCUGAUACAGAUUAUGCCUACAUGCUAUCAAGCAUCGAUGCUAGAGGAGGAUAGCGCCAAGUUGCCCAACGCCAUUUUUCAUUGCAAUUGGUUGGGCAUGGACAAGCGUUGUCGCAAACUCAUCAUCUACUUCAUGCAAUGUGCGCAAGAGGACAUUACCUUCGUAGCAUUUAAACUCUUCAAAAUCAAUAUGACAACUAACUUGUCGAUUGCCAAAUUUGCUUUUACGUUGUACACGUUUAUGAACAACAUGGGCUUUGGGCAGAAUAUGAAGGAUUUAUUGGAAUAAAUGCUGGUGUUGUUAGCAAGCUAACAUUAUCCGAUUGUGCCAAGUUGCGCUAGCAGUUAGUGUAAGGCUUACACUUCGAACAAGUUUAUAUUCACAAUAGGUGGCUUAUUUAAACUCUUCGCUCAUUAGAGUUAUUAGAAAUAGUAAACGAUUUUAUUGCUUGCAUAUUUAUGACACAGUAGAAGGAAUUGAAAGCGUCACAAUAAAUGCAUUUUAGCUUUA